UCAAAUGUAUUGAGUGAUAAGAUUCGCCAUUUGACCUUAAGAUAUGUUCCCGAAGGACCACUUGCACUUUCUAUCUCAUCCCACAAUUGCAAAAAUCUUCGCACGCUGGCAACUUUUAAUUCAGGAAUUACUAUCAUAGAUCCAAAUUUAAUUUCACAAUUGAAAUGUCUUAGGGCAUUAAAUUUGAGUGGUAAUUCCAUCAAAGAACUCCCAGAGGAGAUUGGUGAAUUGAUACAUUUGAGGCAUAUUGAUUUGUCCCAAAAUAAAGAUUUAGAGAAAUUACCAGACACUAUUUGUGGUUUGUACAAUUUGUCCACCUUGAGCCUUCGUAUUUGCUCUAAACUUAUAAAACUGCCUGAAAACAUGGGAAACUUGAUUAACUUAAAGCAUCUUUAUGUUGCGUGGUGUGACGUUCUGGAGUCGUUGCCCAAAGGGAUAGGGAGAUUAACAAGUUUACAAACACUAGAUGUGUGUCGGUGUGGUGGCGACAACGAUGAAGCAUUCCAAAUUGGGGAUCUGAGAAAGUUGAACCUUGAGGGACGUCUGGAAAUACGACUUAUUGGGGAUGCGACAGAUAAGAGCGAGGUUGAGAAAGCACAAUUGUGGGACAAAAAGCUAUUUCAUCUCGCCCUUGAUUUUGAAGGGCAGAUGAACAGUAGUGUAGAAAUAUUGAAUGCCUUACGACCGCACCCAGAUUUGGAAUCUUUAAGGAUUUGGAAUCAUAAUGGCACCAUGUGGCCCAAUUGGAUUCAGUCUUUAUACAAUUUGAGAUUCCUUGAUCUUUGUAGAGGGACACAGUGUGAACUUUGGCCUUUUGGGAAAUUGAAGUACCUUGAAACACUGACCCUAUGGGAUAUGUGUAGAGUGAGAAAGGUUGGUGUUGAAUUUUUGGGAUUAGAAGAUCAAACCUCAUUCAGAAUUGGAUCACCACCCCUGAUAUUAUUCCCAAAAUUGAAACAACUCUAUUUUAUCUCCUUGUCGAAUUGGGAAGAGUGGGAAGGCGUGGAAGAGUGGACGAAAGAGGAUUCUGAAAUUACAAUUAUGCCAUACCUUUCUGAGUUAUCAAUUGUCAGUUGCGAAUUGUUAAAAGCGCUGCCAGACUUCGUCUUCAAAACACGACUGCAUACUCUUUGCAUCCCUGGAUCUGAGAGACUUUUAGAGCGUUACCAGGAAGGCAAUGGAGAGUGGGCCAAGAUUUCUGCUACGAACCCAAACAUCCGCAUAAACAGAAGUGAAUGGUCGUGACUCGCAAAGUACAUUUAUGAAAACAUCUGUCUCGGCGGGCGGCAUAUAUUAUCUUGAGGUGAGUAUGAAAGGUACU